AUGGAGCGACAUCCUGCUGCAACACAUGAAGAACCCUCUAUAAAAAUCUGGCUUCACAUCGCAGCUUCAAUAGAUGCCUCAAGACUGGACUCAGGUGCAGGUCCAAUGAUCGUGCAUUUUGUCGAAAAUUGGUUGAGACUUUUUGAUAGUGAAACAUUUAACCGAUAAAACCAUUAAAUUUCAGCCAAAUGUCACACUAUUUACAAUUUUCGACCAAAAGUAUUUCGAUGAAAUGUACGCUAUCAAAAAUAUACUGCCAUUUGACAUAGGGAUACUGGACUCAGACCCUCACCUCAACUGCGUAGCAGCUCUGCAAACGCAACCCAGCACAGAGUGGGUUCUUUUAGGGACGACUGAAAUCAUUAACGAAACACAUGAGCCAAAAUGGAUCACACCUCUUCAAGUUGAUUAUAAAUUUGGUUCAAAGCAGUUCAUAAAGCUCGAAGUCUUCGAUAAUGAUGCAACUGGAAGAAAAAUCAUUGGAAGCGCUGAAGUCAAGAUUGGAUCCGUAGUCAAAGUCCCACAUUUCGAAUUAGAAUUAAUUCAUGGGCCAACAGAGCAGCCUUCUGGAAAACUUAUUAUAAUAGGCGAAGAAGACAUCAUUUCUAAACAAAAUGUAGUUCUCCAGUUCAAAGGAUUGAAUUUAGAAGAUAAAGACACCUUCUCGAAAAGUGACCCUUUUUUCAGGAUUUAUAGGAAAAGUGAUACAAAUGAGUGGAUUAUUGUGUAUGAGUCAGAAGUUAUACAGGAUAAUUUAAAUCCGGAAUGGGCACCGAUUUUGAUGGGGUUGUCGAAUUUCUGCAGGUCAAAUUUGGAGACAGAAAUGAAGUUUGAAGUUUAUGAUUAUGAUGAUGAGUCCACAAGAGAAUUGAUUGGAUUAUUUGAAGCAAAAGCUAAACAUAUUCUUCAGCCUCAUGCAAGAUUUCAGCUUAUUAAUCCAAAGUAUAUUGAAAAAAAGAAAAACGUCAAUGUUGGACAAAUUGAGGUCGACGAAGUCAAUAUCACAGAAGCUGAAAGCUUUAUCGACUACAUCAAAGGCGGAAUAUCCUUGAAUCUUUCAAUUGCAAUAGACUAUACAUCUUCUAACGGGCUUGUAGUAAAUGACAACAGCUUACACAAACUUCACGAAGAUGGCCAAAAAAACGAAUAUGAAAAGGCUAUCAUAGCCUUAUACGACAUUUUAGAGCCUUAUGAUAACGAUAAGCGCUUCCCAGUCUUUGGAUUUGGCGGAAUUCCUAAUUGGUUUGGCUUAACAAGUCAUUGCUUCGCAAUAAAUCACAAUGAAGGUGAUCCAUAUGUUGAGGGUUUAGAAGGCAUUUUAAGCAGUUAUCAUCGAUCUUUAUCAGAAAUCACAUUAGAUGGUCCUACCCACUUUAGUGAUAUUUUAAAGAGAAUUGCCUUCUUAUGCCAAAGUGACAGAGGAAAUGUCUAUCAUGUUUUAUUAAUACUUACUGACGGAGAAAUUCACGAUAAAAAGGAAACAAUUGACCAAAUUGUAGCAGCAAGCAAUUUACCAUUAAGCAUUAUUAUUGUGGGUGUAGGCUAUGACGACUUUACCAAUUUAAUUGAGUUAGACUCUGAUAGGCAUGCAUUAAAAGACUCCAAUGGUAAAAGUGCUUUGAGAGACAUUGUUCAAUUUGUGCCUUUCAGAAAAUUCAGGUCUGAGCCUAUGCUAUUAGCAAAAGAAGCUCUUGGUGAAAUCCCGAAGCAAGUUUUAUCUUAUUUCAAGCAGGUCGGAAUUAAUGUCCGUCAAUUAAAUAGACAACAUUAA